AUGUCCGAGCAGGUGACCUCGACGUCGUCCUACGGGUUCGGCAACCCCAGCGGUACUGCCAUGACCAACUCCUUCCUUCAACAUUCACUUGGCGCAGACCAAGUCUCCGACAACGUCAAGUCCUUGUUUCCUUCCUCGUCCACGGCCACCGCCAGCGGCCACGAUGAGUACCGGGGCUCCCCGCCGGACCUCCUGUCGCGCACCACCAGCAGCCAGCCGCAGGAGCUGUGCCUUACCCUCCAGUCCAACCAGCAUAACAUGUUUAGCCAUGUAUCUCCCAACCAUCACGGUAUCAUGUCGGGUGCAGGCGUUCCAGGGUGGCCAGACCACGGCCAGAGAAUGCCAUCGUCAUGGCAUACCUCGGACAACAACGCGGAUGGAGAGGGCCGUGGCGCCGGCGGCAACGGCGACAGCUACAUGUUUGCAGGCAUCCCGGCGCGGCAAGGGCUGGACCAAGGCCAGCUCUUCUCGUCCAAUGGGGAAACCCUUCAGUCCAGUGCCGGCUGGGCCGCGUCUGCCCGCGCUUGGCUAGACCCUCUCGCCGGAAUCCACCAGCCGUCGGCAAUGUCUGGGCAGAUCGGAUUCAGCCAUCUGGUUGGCGGCGGCGGCGGGUUUAUGGGGUUCCUCGCGCCGGCUGCACAGCGACUCCAGCUCCAGCAGGGCGAGGAGGAUGAAGGAAGCGACGUGAUGCGAAGAGACUGA